AUGGCGGGCUUCGAUUAUUACAAGACUCCUCUUGAUUCACGCUAUUCCAGCGAGGAAAUGAAGAAGUUGUUCAGUCAGAGGAGCAGACAUGGUACCUGGCGCCAGCUUUGGCUGUGGCUUGCAGAGGCCGAAAAAGAGCUUGGACUUGAGACGAUCACGGACGAAGCACUCGAGCAAAUGCAGACCCAUCUUACCGUGACCGACGAGGACUUCAAGGUCGCAAUCGAGGAGGAACACCGCCGUCGCCACGAUGUAAUGGGUCAUGUCCAUGCUUACGGCGUUGUCGCACCCGCCGCUGCUGGUAUCAUCCAUGCCGGGGCCACCUCCUGCUACGUUACCGAUAACACCGAGUUGAUUCUCAUUCGUGAAGCUAUUGACCUUAUUCUUCCCAAGAUAGCUAAAGUCAUUAGGUACGUGGAUGAAAGAGUUGCGGUCACAGUUACAUUCGAUGUUAUCAACCUAUCCCAAUUUGCGCAAAAAUGGCGGGAUGAGCCAACCCUAGGCUAUACGCAUUACCAACCUGCGCAAAUGAUUACUGUCGGUAAGCGGGCUGCUCAAUGGAUCCAAGACCUUCUCAUGGAUCUUGAGGAUAUCGAGCAUGUUCGCAAUGAACUCCGAUUCCGAGGAGGGCAAGGAACCACCGGAACCCAGGCGUCAUUCCUUGAGCUGUUUCACGGUGAUGAAGCCAAAAUCGACCAGCUAAAUGUUCUCCUUUGCGAGAAGGCUGGUUUCCCUGGUUGCUACCCUAUUUCUACGCAGACUUAUACCCGAAAGGUUGAUCUCCGUGUUGCGAAUGCUGUCGCUAGCUUAGGCGCUACUGCGCAGCGUAUCACUUCCGAUUUUCGCCACCUUGCCAAUUUGAAGGAACUGGAAGAGCCAUUUGAGAAAGACCAAAUUGGAAGCUCUGCUAUGGCCUAUAAGAGGAAUCCUAUGCGUUCGGAGCGUAUCUGCUCUCUUGGUCGCAAACUAGCGAGCCUCCCAGUCAACUUCUCCAACACCUACUCGUCACAAUGGCUAGAGAGAUCUUUAGAUGAUAGCGCUAUUCGCCGCAUUGAUAUCCCUGAAAUGUUCCUCCUUGCGGACGCUAUACUUCUUGGACUUGAUAAUGUGACCAACGGCCUGGUCGUUUAUCCCAAGCGCAUAGACGCGCGUAACAGACAGGAGCUUCCUUUCAUGAUUACUGAAGCUAUUUUGAUGAAAGUAGUUUCUAAGGGAGGUUCUCGACAGGAAGCACAUGAGAAAGUCAGAGUACUUUCGCAUGAGGCCAGUCAUGUCGUUAAGCAUGAGGGUAUUACGUCGUCAUUCUUCAAUCCACUGGCCCUCACUUCCUCCAAUAUUGGCGGCAACAAUGACCUCGUCGAGCGUAUCAAGAAGGAUGAAUACUUUAAGGACAUCUGGGACGACAUUGACGCUAUGCUAGACCCCAAGCUUUACACUGGCCGAAGUUCCACAAUUGUUGAUAGGUACUGUGGCCAAGGGGGAGUCGUUGAGAAGAAGCUGGAGCCAUACCGGGAUUACAUAUCUAAGGUCGAGACCGCUCAGCUCAGCCUCUGA